GUAGACGUGGCGUAUCACCUGCUGUACCUGUGUAUUGCUCCGCGAACUCCCACACCGGCCCGUCCACGUCAGCACCUAACACGUCAGCACCUUCCACGUCAGCAUCAGCCAUGACCCCUGACAGCGGAGAAGCGACGUCGUUCCGUCAGAUGAGUCCGGAGGAGCACUGGUGGUGGGGUACCCCCGAUUACCUGAUGGGUAACUGGCACGGCCAAUGGCGAUCGUGGAAGCCGAUGCAAUCAACGGACGAGAUCAGAUCCAUGAAAUCCGUGCGCAAAUUUUGGGCCACGUCACCCGAUCUCACCAGCUUCGCUCACAUGAACGACUGGUACGACCGCCAGGGCGACGUUUCCCCGCAGGCCACCAACGUGGGCGUGCAAUGGGACAUGUCACUCGCACAGCACAGCCUCCCAGACGGCUUCUGCCACGUGGCAUCCAGCAACGCGCGCCGCUACACCGUCAGCAGGAAAGCGGACGGGAUCUGGGCGGCUCUGGAGGUGUCAGAUGGGGCGGGCGGCAUCAAGCUGCCAUUUUUAGUCGAGUUCUUCUUCUCCCACACCCCCACGUCUCGUCUUGGCACUAUGGUUGGAUUCGAGUCCGACGGAGCAUUCCGGGUAUCAGUGGUGGUGGAGGAGUCACUAGAUACCAAUGAACGCCGCCCUGCGGACUGGGUCUGGCCCACGUGGGGCCCGGGCGGCGUCCCGUCCCAUCUACCCGACCACCUGCCGCCCGUUCCGGCACUAGAUGACAAGACAAUGAUAGGAACCCGCACCAUUCUGACUCGCAACCUGAUGGUUCAGGAGCGCGAAAACGUGUCCUGGGCGGAAGCAUGGAGCCCGAACAGUGCUGCUGCUGCAGUCAUUGCAGCCAUUGCAGCAGCAGCAGGAGGAGGAGGAAAUAAUGGUGAAGCAGCCUCAGCUGGAGGGGGAGGAAAUAAUGGUGAAGCAGCCUCAGCUGGAGGGGGAGGAAAUAAUGGUGAAGCAGCCUCAGCUGGAGGGGGAGGAAAUAAUGGUGAAGCAGCCUCAGCUGGAGGGGGAGGAAAUAAUGGUGAAGCAGCCUCAGCUGGAGGGGGAGGAAAUAAUGGUGAAGCAGCCUCAGCUGGAGGGGGAGGAAAUAAUGGUGAAGCAGCCUCAGCUGGAGGAGCUGCACCAGAAGCAACAGCAGCAGCGGCAGCGGCUGGGUUCAUGGGGCGAGUGCCAGAGGGCGAUGAGGAACGUUACGCGGUGUUUGCUCUGCCGCACGGGGUGAUGGUGUGCGCCCCACGCUCGCUACAGCUGGUGGCAGGGAGGCCGUUUGUGCUGUCGGUGUCGUGGGUGGUGGGGGAGGUGGGCGAGGGGGUUGUGGGUGCAGGGGAGGUGAAGCGCAUCACUGCCUCUUGGGGGGCUGAUGGGGGCUUUGAGCGGGUAGAGGGGGAGUGGUACAGGAGAGAGGCAUGA